UUGCUUCCAGCUAUUACAGGAUUGUCAGGUAAAAGAUCAGAAGAAGAGGAGGGUGCAAACUCUCUCUCUCUCUCUGUUUUGUGGGGGAUGUCGGUGUUGGUUUUAGGGUUUUAAAGAUCAAAGCUUGAGGUUUUUUAAGCUUUCUCUAAUAGCAUAAGAUGCUAAGAAUCCAAUCUCUAUCUUGGUCCAGAUCGAGUAUUUCCACCAUCUCCUCAAGCCCGUUACAUAGAUCAGUUCUCUCCUUUGCUUCAUCAAAUAAAGCUGGAAUCUUUACAGUUACUUGAAGAGAUUCUUGUGGAUAGGACAUUCGAUCUUUAGCUGAUUUUCGCUUAGUAAUCCAUGCUUUUGUCAGUCCAUUAAGUUUUUUUUUGGCUAUACAGUUUUAUUUGACCUUAUGAUUGUUUGGCGAUGUUAUUUAUUUAAACUGGUAUUUAAGGUGAUUGCUUUGGUGAUUUUUGUUGAUGGGGAAGGACGUCGAUCCAUGGAUCUACUGUCCGCACUCACCAUGGCGAUUUAGUAGUUUCAAUUGCAUGAGUAGUCUUCGGCAACCCAUUGUCGGGCCGCAGAACACCAAUUCCAUGAUGUUUCCUACCUACUUCAACCCUUCUGGGUGUGCUUUCUAUGGCAAUGCUACCCCUCCUUUCCCUGUGUUUCAAGCACAGAGAAUCCUACCGAAGACACCAACAUGGAUCUCGCCUUACGUCCACACCCGUGGACCGACAGGAUUUGCUGAUUCUCAGAAGAGAUUCUUGGUUUUCGAUCACUCGGGGGAUCAAACGAGCUUAAUCUUUAGCCCAUCGGGCACCCCAUUUGUGAGUCUGAUGUCCAUGAAUCCAGCACCGGACAUGCAGGGCAGCAAUGAGACCAACAUUUCCGAUGGCCAUGGUGGCGAGGAGAUGCAUGAAGACACCGAAGAAAUUGAUGCGCUUCUGUACUCGGACUUUGAUGAUGAGGAGGAGGAAGCAGCAGUGAGCAUGGGGCACUCUCCAAUGAAGAUGGCGGCAGAGAGUGUUGAAGAGGGGCCGUCGAUGGCGUCGGGGGCGGAGGGGCGAAGAUCGAGGGCGGAUAGAGGGACCUGUGCAGAGAAGCAGAGGGAGGUGGAGGUCCGACGGCGUCGGGGGCGGAGGGGCGGUGAUCGCGGGCGGAUGGGAGGGCCGGCGCAGAGAAGCAGAGGGAGGCGGAGGUGAACCAGGGAAGAAAGAAAAAAAAAUAUUAUAAAGGAGGAGCUAUUUGCAUUUGCCAAAAAAAUAUUAAAGAAAUAUUAAAAUAUUAUUUUCGGAUGAUUUUAGAGAUUAAAAUAAAGCCAUGUCAGCAAACUAAUGGGUAAAGUUGACGGAAGGGCUUCGUAGCCCACUUAUUACGAGUCAAGGGACAUAAACUAUAACCUUUUUAGUUGAGGGGCUUCGGAGCGCAAUUAAAAAAAGUUGAGGGGCUAUUUGCAUACUUUUGCCAAUAAAAAACUCUACUGAAAAAUUUGGUCCAAUUGGCCUAGCUUCUAGUCAAGUGAAUUCGUAAUGUAUGGGCUAGGUACAUUAGAUCUAACAUCCUGGCCCCAGUCAUCAGCGUGUCUGUUAUAGGUCUAUAUUCACAUCUAGUACAACAGAUUUAGGGUCUCAUUUUCUUUUCUAAUACUUAGGGUCUUCUGACGGCCCUUAUAAUUUUGUAAGAUGGUAUUUCAAUUUAGUGUCAUCUUUCUAAUUUCAUUUGUACUUAAGUUUUAUCAUAGUUGUCUUUUCAUUUCAAUAUAUCUUUUGCAUAGUUUGGCAUUUCGAAUAAAUUUUUCUUUGUAAUUU